AUGCUUUCCUUCCGCUCCAUUGUCCUCGCCGUUGCCGUUCUUGGGGCGGCGCCCUUUUCCAUGGCCGCUCCCUCCACGAGCGGUGAAGGCUCUCUUGUUCAGCACGAGCAGCGCGAUGAUACCAACCCCAUCCCUCUUGAGCAGCGGCACUCGGAAGACGUCCUCGAGGAGCUCCAGGGCCGCGCUGCUGCGGUUGAGUGCUACGUGACCAGUAAGAAGGGCAAGGACUGCCACGCCAGUCAAUGCCCGGCCAAGGAGCAAUGCAAGGUCAACGACAAGGGCAACUGUGUCUACAAGAACAAGAAGAAGGACCGGCCUUUUGGCUGCGAGCAGUGCUCGUGCAAGAAGAGCUCCUAA